AUGAGAAUGGUUUUCGCAGCUUCCAUCGUGUACGUUUUCCUCGUAUUCCACGUCGUUCUCUUAGCUACCACGGCGGUCGCCACAACCACCACGCCCUUCCCAACGUCUGGCGUCACCAACGCCACGUCGGUGGCCAACAGCAACACCGCAAACGGCGUCGAGUCCCGUGCAGCGACGGCGGCGCUCAACAGCUCGGAUCAGUACUCGAAUCAGUACAUCUGCUACCUCUGCCGCCAGCGUAACACCCUGAUGAUCAAGUGGUGUCCCCUCUACAAGGACGACUGCCACCUCGCAUGCCUGUCCUCCACGUCCCCUACCCGCCACCCCCAGCUGUACCCCUCCGCCGACGGCGAAGGUAGGAAGAGCACGCUGGGAACCGGCCCUGGCGGCUCGGACCCCGACGACUGCUACGUCAUGAAGCUGUAUCCGGAUGGCAGAUGGGUCAUAACCGUGGCGGUCAGCUGCAAGGCGGUCGCGGGCUGCUACCUUGUGUGCAGCAAUGGAGACGCGCCGCUUGGGAGCAGAGCCGACGACACCACCCCGGCCGUGGCCAGGGGGCCGCCACUGCCCCGCGCCUCCGAAUUCCAGCGGUGCGGUGAUCAGCUCCCGGCGGCAGGCAACCGCGUCUAG